AAGCCCUUGAUUACUUUGUAACAAAAGUGUGCAAGUUAUUUCUCCGCCUCAGACUCUGCCUCUGGGCUGUCUCUCCCGUUCCAGAGCCCCGGUACCAGAAUAUUUAAAUCACUGUGGCGUUAAAUACGUUUUAAUAUCUGAUAGGGCCAGUUUCUGCGCAUUGCACUUUUUUUUUUUCCUUUCAGGAACGUGUUCGGGCCCGCGGCAGGGGGCGGGGUCGCGCCUCCGCCUCGGCUCUGGUUCCAGCCGAGCCUCACUGACGCCGCCGCCGAGAUGGAAAUCCCGAGGCUGCUCCCCGCUCGCGGGACACCACAGGGCGGCGGCGGCGGCGGCUGCUGCCCCGCGGGUGGCGGCGGGGUCCACCGAGCCCCGGACUCUCUGGCUUGUCAGGCCCCCACGCGCCGCCUCCUACUGCUCCGGGGGGCCCAAGAUGGCGGGCCGGGGCCGCGGAGCGCAGAGGCCCAGAGGGCCUCACGGGGCCUGGGCCCGAGCCCCAGCACGAACCGGUUGGCGCCCAGGCCGGAUCACCCGAGCCGCGGCGGCGGCGGCAGCGGCGGCGGCGGCGGCGGCGGAGGAGGAGGAGGCGGAGGCGGCGGCGGCGGCGGAGGAGGAGGAGGAGGAGGAGGAGGAGGCGGCAGCGGUGGCAGCGGCGGCGGCAGCAGCGGCGGCGGCGGCGGCGACGACUUCUUCCUGUUGCUGCUUGACCCGGUGGGUGGCGAUGUAGAAACAGUGGGCUCGGAGCAGGCCGGAGGAGGAGGAGGAGGAGGAGGAGGAGGAGGAGGAGGAGGAGGAGGAGGAGGAGGAGGGCGGCCGGUGUGGAGGGAGGAGGCCGAGGCAGGCCCGGGGCCCGAGCGGCGGCCCGAGAGCCGCGCGAACCCCGCGGGGCGGCCCGAGCCGGGCCCCCGCUGCCUGUCGGCCGUCCCGGCUGCGUCGCCGCUGCCCGCGGCGGGCCCGGGCCCGGGCCCCGCGGCGGCCUUCGCGGGCACCAUCACUAUCCACAACCAGGACUUGCUGCUGCGCUUCGAGAACGGCGUCCUCACCCUGACCACGCCCCCGCUGCCGGCCUGGGAGCCGGGGGUCGCGCCUUUCCCGCAGCUGCCGCCGCCGCCGCCGCCGGGGGGACUGAUCGCCCCGCAGGCCGGGUUUCCGCCCGCCGCCGCGGCGCAGCUGGGCGACUGCCCCGAGCUGCCACCGGACCUCCUGCUGGCGGAGCCGGCGGAACCCGCGCCCGCCCCGGCGCCUCCGGAGGAGGAGGCCGAGGCCCCGGCCGCCGCCCAGAGCCCCCGCGGGCCUCUCGUCCCGGGCCCGGGCGUGGUGCUGUACCUGUGCCCCGAGGCGCAGUGCGGACAGACCUUCGCCAAGAAGCACCAGCUGAAGGUGCACCUGCUGACACACAGCAGCAGCCAGGGCCAGCGGCCCUUCAAGUGCCCCCUGAGCGGCUGCGGCUGGACCUUCACCACGUCUUACAAGCUCAAGAGACACCUGCAGUCGCACGACAAGCUGCGGCCAUUCGGCUGCCCGGUGGAGGGCUGUGGCAAGAGCUUCACCACCGUGUACAACCUGAAAGCGCACAUGAAGGGGCACGAGCAGGAGAACUCCUUCAAGUGCGAGGUGUGCGAGGAGAGCUUCCCCACGCAGGCCAAGCUCAGCACCCACCAGCGCAGCCACUUCGAGCCCGAGAGGCCUUACCAGUGUGCGUUCUCUGGCUGCAAGAAGACGUUCAUUACUGUGAGUGCCCUGUUUUCUCAUAACCGCGCCCAUUUCAGGGAACAGGAACUCUUUGCCUGCUCCUUCCCUGGCUGCAGCAAGCAGUAUGACAAGGCUUGCAGGCUCAAGAUUCACCUGCGCAGCCACACGGGAGAGAGACCUUUCCUUUGUGACUUUGACGGCUGCGGCUGGAACUUCACCAGCAUGUCCAAGCUCUUAAGACACAAGAGGAAGCACGAGGACGACCGCAGAUUCACCUGUCCCGUGGAGGGCUGUGGCAAGUCCUUCACCAGGGCCGAACACCUGAAAGGCCACAGCAUCACCCACCUGGGCACGAAGCCUUUCGUGUGCCCCGUGGAAGGCUGCUGUGCCAGGUUCUCCGCCCGGAGCAGUCUCUACAUCCACUCCAAGAAGCACCUGCAGGACGUGGGCGCUUGGAAAAACCGUUGCCCGGUCUCCACCUGUAACAAACUCUUCACGUCCAAGCACAGCAUGAAGACCCACAUGGCCAAGAGGCACAACCUCAGCCAGGACCUCUUGGCCCAGCUAGAAGCCGCCAACUCCCUGACGCCCAGCAGCGAGCUCACCAGCCAGGGGCAGAACGAUCUCAGUGGUGCAGAGCUGGUGUCUCUCUUCUCCGAUGUGCCUGGCCACAGUUCUGCUGCGGUGCUGGACACGGCCUUGGUCAAUUCUGGGAUCUUGACUAUUGACGUGGCCUCUGUGAACUCGACUCUCGCGGGAGGUCUCCCUGCCGAUAAUAAUAACCAUUCCUUAGGGCAAGCGGUGGACCCCCGGGCCCUGAGGGCCCCCAGUGACCUUCCCCAGAGUCUGGAUACCUCUCUCUUCUUCGGAACCUCGGUGACUGGUUAUCAGCAGAGCCCCUUAGACAUGGACGAUGUCUCCGGCGGAAACGUGGGGCUCUUUGGCUCCUUGGCUCUGAAAAACUCAAGCCUGGAGCCCCAGGUUUUGACGCCCAGCAAUAAGUUAACCGUGGACACGGAAGCUCUGACCCCCUCCAGCACCCUCUGUGAAAACAGUGUCUCCGAACUACUGACCCCUGCCAAAGCCGAUUGGAACGUGCAUCCCGAGUCUGACUUCUUUGGGCACGAGGAAGAAACCCAGUUUGGAUUCUCCAAUCCAACAGGAAGCCAUGGUUCUCAGAAAGAAACAGAUCUGAUCACGGUGACUGGCUCCCCCUUCUUGGUAUGAACCCAUUCUGCCUGUGCCCUGCCGUGUGGCUCACUUUUGUGACGCUCCAAUCUGAGGAUGUUCGGGAUGGAGUGCUUACGUGCAGUCGUUUCUUGCUGCCUUGCGAAGGGACGCGUCUGUGGACUUCAAAUUUAGAGAUUUAAAUUCUCAUCCCGAGUCUGGAACUGAUGAGUUCUGUGACCGUGAGCAAGUCUCUUAACCUAGCUGAGCCUUAAUUCAAUAUUUAUAAAAGUAGGCGUUUUGUCUAGAUUGUUUCUAUUUCCUUUUCAACUGUAUUUCCAUUAUUUGUACUCCUUUGGCAUAAUUUUUUUAGAGUAUUUUAUAGUGGUUACAUUUGAUUCUAAUGUAAUGAAAAGGGAUUUGAUCCCUUUGAACAUUAAAUGAUCGGUGAUAGAUGAACUGGUGUUUUUAACUUUUAAUAUGAAUCUUACCUCAUUUCUAUAAUAUCCGUAAUAUUAGUAGAGUGCAAAAAUGUGGAAUAUUAUUUGGGUGUUUGGUCUUUUGUCAGUCUUCUUGUGUUGUAUUUCUAUAGGAGGUUUUAAUUUUUGUUUUGGAAAAUGUCAGGGUUUUGAUAUAUUUACAAGCAUAUUCUAAAAUAUUGCCUCAUUACCAUUGAACAAGUGGCCUUAUAUUAGUCAUUUAGUCUUGCUGAGCCUUACUUUCCUAGCUUUACAGUGGUCAUAGAAAUGCACAUUAUUCUCAUGCAUUUUGAAUUUUUUUAUGCUUGUGAUUGUUACUGAAGGGAAAAUACAUGUUUUGGCUUUUGUGAAUCUUUAGUUUUCUUGCCUCCGUGUUUCCCCUCUUAAAGUCUUAGACAACAGAAGUUAGCAAAUGUUUAUGUCAUAGUUUUGCAGCCAGUAAAAGUUUACGAGCAUUAAGUAUACAUGGGAUUUUGUUCCUUCCACAGAUUGUGGAGGACUUUCUCUACAGAGUUCUUAUUUACACAGUUCUGUUUGUCCAGUUUACUAGUGUCUGCUCUGAAUCAAAGCCAGUUCUUGGCCUAAUUCUACUAAUUCAAUAAAAUUGGGGAAUGGA